GUCUAUGUUGUUGGGUGAAUAUGGUGCGGCAUAGUGAUCUGUGAUCUGUGUAGGCCUACAGUUUAUUUAUAUAUUUGAAUUGCUAGUGUUUGUCACAAAUAGUCCUAAGAAAAGUAGCCUAAGCCUAAUGGCUAACCAUUAUGAUAUCCCGAACUGGGCUGGGAAACCACCAGUUGGUCUCCAUUUGGAUGUGAUGAAGGGAGACAAACUAAUACAGAAAUUGAUGCUGGACCAGAAGAAGUGCUAUCUUUUCGGUAGGAAUCCUCAGAUGAAUGACUUCUGCAUUGAUCACCAGAGCUGUUCAAGGGUUCAUGCAGCUUUUGUUUACCAUAAACAUCUGCAUCGGGCAUUCCUUGUGGAUCUAGGAAGCACUCAUGGUACUUACAUUGGGUCAUUGAGAAUCGAGGCACAGAAGCCGACGCAGUUACCUAUAGACAGUGUGUUCCACUUUGGUGCGUCGACACGCAACUACAUACUGCGGGAGAGGCCCCAGACAGGAGCUCGUCCAAUCAUAGAAGAGUUGGAGAAGUCGUCAGAAGACGCAGAAGGUGGAUUACUGGGACUGCCUGAGACUGAAACUGAGUUGGAUAAUCUGACAGAAUUCAACACAGCACACAAUAGGAGAAUAUCAAUGCUUGGAAUUGGAGAGGAUGGUGAAGCAGCUCCGAGAAAUCGGAAAAGGAAAAAGCGAGGUGUUACAUUUAAUGAAGAAGAAGAAGUAAUCAAUCCUGAAGACGUGGACCCGUCUGUCGGGCGUUUUAGGAAUCUCAUACAUACCACUGUCAUACCAACCAAGCGUCAAAGACUGGAAAGUGGAGUAGGCAUCACCAGUGGACUGACACAACCGGAGGAUCACAAGCCUCAUGCCAUGAAACACAUGCAUCCAUCGUCCUUCAUGAGUCAGUUGUAUCACGACAUGCCAGGUCCCGAGGGUCACACUCCCACCACUCCAACCUCUCUCAUGUUCUCCCCCGCCCUGGCCUCAAGGCUAGGGCUGGCAUUGCCUAACCCUGCCCCCGAUGUGGAAAUGGCCCCGCCUACCCCAGUGGCUCCUCCGCCUACGGAGCCUGCCCCCCUGGCUGAGCAGACUGCCCCAUCUGGUGCUCCGGAGCCCAAGAAAAAGAAGUACGCUAAGGAAGCGUGGCCCGGCAAGAAACCUGGGCCAACACUCCUGCUGUAAACUGUACAAGUGUCACAUUCUACGGUUUGCUGCUUCUGGUCAAACGUUCUUUGCCUUCCAAGUACCUCCCAAGUUGUACAUAUUGUAUUUUAUAGAAUAAGUGGAAUAGUAUGUAAUUUUUUAACUGUGUA